UUCUGCAGGAAAAUGGCGACGUUGACAGCAGACGUGCGGCCAGCUCUGUCCGGUUCUCUGCAGUCGUCGCAAAAAAGGACGAGAACAAUGACCCCAACACCGUUUAGGUUGUUCCAUAAAAACGUUUUUGUACUGCUGUCGCUAGCGUCUAUGUUGCAUUGCGCGGUGGCGGAUGGAAAGACGUUGGUUCUGCUGGACAACCUGAACAUCCGUGAUACCCAUUCAAUCUUCUUCCGCAGUCUCGCUGAUCGCGGAUUUGAUCUCACUUUCAAGACUGCGGACGAUCCUUCCUUGUCUCUCAUCAAAUAUGGCCAGUUCCUUUAUGAACACCUGAUCAUCUUUUCCCCAUCAGUCGAGGAUUUUGGUGGAAACAUCAAUGUGGAGACCAUUACAUCUUUCAUUGAUGGCGGUGGAAACGUCUUGGUGGCCGCCAGCUCUGACAUUGGUGACCCUCUGAGGGAAUUGGGAAGCGAGUGUGGCAUUGAGUUCGACGAGGAAAAAACGGCUGUCAUCGAUCAUCACAACUAUGAUGUGUCUGAUCCCGGAGAGCACACCCUUAUCGUUGCCAACCCAGAGAACCUGCUGAAAGCUCCAACCAUCGUGGGCAAGCACAGCACUCGACCAGUUUUGUUUAAAGGUGUUGGCAUGGUGGCCGACCCCGAAAAUCCUCUUGUCUUGGACAUUCUUACUGGUUCUUCGACAUCCUACUCUUUCUUCCCUGACAGACCAAUCUCCCAGUAUCCUCAUGCCGUUGGAAAGAAUACUCUGCUGAUUGCGGGUCUACAGGCCAGAAACAACGCCAGAGUAGUUUUCAGUGGUUCCCUGGACUUCUUCAGUGACGCCUUCUUUAACUCUGCUGUGCAGAAGGCUGCUCCGGGAUCUCAAAGACAUGAGCAGACUGGAAACAUGGAGCUGGCUGAAGCCUUGUCCCGCUGGGUUUUUAAGGAGGCUGGAGUUCUCAGAGUUGGAGCUGUGACCCACCACCCUGUUGGAGAGACCACACCCCCUGCAGCCUAUACCAUCACAGACCUUGUGGAAUACAGCAUUGUCAUUGAGAUGCUUUCUGAGGGCCGCUGGGUUCCAUUCGAUGGGGACGAUAUCCAGCUGGAGUUUGUCAGAAUCGACCCCUUUGUCCGAACUUACCUGAAGAAAAAUGGUGGUAAAUACAGCAUCCAGUUCAAGCUGCCCGAUGUGUACGGAGUCUUCCAGUUCAAGGUGGACUACAACCGCCUGGGUUACACACACUUGUACUCUUCCACUCAGGUGUCGGUGCGUCCUCUCCAGCACACCCAGUAUGAGCGCUUCAUCCCCUCAGCCUUCCCCUAUUACGCCAGCGUGUUCUCAAUGAUGUCGGGGCUCUUCAUCUUCAGCAUCGUCUUCUUGCACAUGAAAGAAAAGGAAAAGUCUGACUAGUGAUGCAGGGAAACAUCAUUGGGGGGUGGGGUUACAGAUUUCAUCUGGAAACUUGGAGUUGAAUGAUGUGAGAAUUCACACAAGGACUUGGACUGCAGUCCUCUCAAAAGACCGUCUUAGGUUGCAUAUGAUGGCACUCAGGUCUGUGGGUCCGAGAUUGCUGUUGUUCUGUUUUCAGGGGUUUCUUUGUUUGUAACUUUGUGUUGAACUUUUGCCUCUGACCUAAAUUCUGACCCCUGAUCCUGCAGUAAAGAGCGAUUGUGGUAACUUCAUGCACUGAAAAGGCCAUGUUUUGGUUUUUGAUAGACAGAAAAAAACACAUUGAACAAUAAAAAAUUGACAU